CGCAUCAUCACGACGCUGGCGGACGGCGCCGUCUCCGUCUUCGCGCUCGACGUCGACAACGACGGCGACGUCGACGUGCUGUCGGCGUCCAAGGACGACGACACGGUCGCGUGGCACGCGAGCAACAGCUCCCAGUCCUUCGCGGAGCGCGUCAUCACGACGCUCGCGGACGGCGCCUUCGACGUCUUCGCCGUCGACGUCGACGGCGACGGCGACGUCGACGCGCUCUCGGCGUCCUACGAGGACGACACGGUCGCCUGGUACGAGAACGACGGGUCCCAGUCCUUCGCGGAGCGCGUCGUCACGACGCUCGCGGACGGCGCCCAGUCCGUCCACGCGCUCGACGUCGACGGCGACGGCGACGUCGACGCGCUCUCCGCGUCCUACGAGGACGACACCGUCGCCUGGUACGAGAACGACUGCGCCACGCACGCGCCGACGCCGACGCCGCGGCCGACGCACGUGUCGUACCCGACGCUCGUCGCGCACUACUCCUUCGACGACGGCACGGCCGCCGAGGACAACGACGACAGCCUCGACGGGACGAUCAGCGGCGCGACGGCGACGACGGGCCGCGACGGGAGCGGCGCGCUGUCCUUCGACGGGACGGACGACUACGUCGAUUUCCCGGCGGCGGUGACGGCGGACAUCCUCGGAGACGCCGCGCGCACCGUGUGCGUGUGGGCGAAAGUCGACGACCUCAGCGGCGGCCACUUCCUGUUCGGAUACGGGUCCGAGGACAGCUACCUCGCGUUUGGCGUGCAGACGAGCUCCACGGCGAGCGAUGUGUUCGUGGUCCAAUUCUGGAACUACUACCCCGACGUGGAACUGUCGGGCUCCGACGACGGCGAUUGGCACCACUACUGCCUGACUUACGACGGAUCCGAUUGGACGCUCUACUUCGACGGCUCGCAGGCCGACACGGGGACCGUCGCGGCGAACACGGGAACCUUCAACAACCUCCGCCUCGGACAUUGGUAUAGCGUCGACUACGCGAUCGAAUACUUUUCCGGCGCCAUCGACGAGGUCUACGUCUACUCGAGCGCGCUCGACGCGGCGGCGGUCCAGGUCCUCUACGACGCCGUCACGGUCCCGCCGACGCCCGCGCCGACGGCCGGCAGCUACUCCUACUCCUACGACGACGCCGGCGGCGCGACGCCCGCGCCGACGGCCGGCAGCUACUCCUACUCCUACGACGACGCCGGCGGCGCGACGCCCGCGCCGACGGCCGGCAGCUACUCCUACUCCUACGACGACGCCGUCGGCCCGACGCCCGCGCCGACGGCCGGCAGCUACUCCUACUCCUACGACGACGCCGGCGGCGCGACGCCCGCGCCGACGGCCGGCAGCUACUCCUACUCCUACGACGACGCCGUCGGCCCGACGCCCGCGCCGACGGCCGGCAGCUACUCCUACUCCUACGACGAGGCGAGCGCGGCCCCGACGCCCAAAGCGACGACGUUCUGCACGAGCGUCGCGUUCUCCGAGCGGAUCAUCACGACGCUCGCGGACGGUGCCGUCUGCGUCUUCGCGAUCGACGUCGACGACGACGGCGACGUGGACGCGCUCUCGGCGUCCAUUUUUGACAAAACGGUCGCGUGGUACGAGAACGAUGCGUCGCAGUCCUUCGCGGAGCGCGUCAUCACCGGCUCGGCGGACUACGCCCACUCUGUCUUCGCGAUCGACGUCGACGGCGACGGCGACGUCGACGCGCUGUCGGCGUCCUACGCCGACGACACGGUCGCCUGGUACGAGAACGACGGCUCCCAGUCCUUCUCCGAACGCAUCAUCACGACGCUCGCGGACGGCGCCCAGCACGUCAUCACGACCCUCGCGGACAACGCCCAGUCCGUCGUCGCGAUCGACGUCGACGGUGACGGCGACGUCGACGCGCUCUCGGCCUUCGAGCCGACGACGGCGGCCCCGACGCCGCGGCCGACGACGUUCUGCACGAGCGUCGCGUUCUCCGAGCGCAUCAUCACGACGCUGGCGGACGGCGCCGUUUCUGCCUACGCCAUCGACGUCGACGGCGACGGCGAUGUCGACGCGCUCUCGGCGUCCUGGAACGACGACACGGUCGCGUGGUACGAGAACGACGGGUCCCAGUCCUUCACGAAGCGCGUCAUCACGACGCUCGCGGACGGCACCGGUUCCGUCUUCGCGAUCGACGUCGACGGCGACGGCGACGUCGACGCGCUGUCGGCGUCCUACGCCGACGACACGGUCGCCUGGUACGAGAACGACGGCUCCCAGUCCUUCUCCGAACGCAUCAUCACGACGCUCGCGGACGGCGCCAAGUCUGUCAUCGCGAUCGACGUGGACGGCGACGGCGACAACGACGUGCUGUCCACGUCCCAGAUCGACGACACGGUCACGUGGUACGAGAACGACGGAACCCAGUCCUUCACAGAGCGCAUCGUCACGACGCUGGCGGACUACGCCCAGUCCGUCUUCGCGAUCGACGUCGACGGCGACGGCGACGUCGACGUGUUGUCGGCGUCCUACGGCGACGACACGGUCGCGUUGUGGGAAAACGACGGCUCCGAGUCCUUCACUGAGCGCGUCAUCACGACGCUGAUGGACGGCGCCAAGUCUGUCAUCGCGAUCGACGUCGACGGCGACGGCGACAUCGACGCGCUGUCAGCGUGCGAGAUCGGCGAUGAGGUCGCGUGGCACGAGAACGACGGCUCCCAGUCCUUCACCGAUCGCAUCAUCACGACGCUGGCGGACGGCGGCACUUCCGCCUUCGCGAUCGACGCGCCGUCCGCGAGCUUCAAGCCGACGACGAGCCCCGCGCCGACGACGGCGGCCCCUACGCCCCGACCGACGGUCUUCUGCACGAGCGUCGCGUUCUCCGAGCGGAUCAUCACGACGCUCGCGGUCAACGCUUACUCCGUCUUCGCGAUCGACGUCGACGGCGACGGGGACGUCGACGCGCUGUCGGCCUCCUACACCGACGACACGGUCGCAUGGUACGAGGACGACGGCUCCCAGUCCUUCACCGAGCGCAUCAUCACGACGCUUGCGGACGGCGCCUUGUUCGUCUUCGCGAUCGACGUUGAUGGCGACGGCGACGUCGACGCGCUCUCGACGUCCUACCUCGACGACACGGUCGCGUGGUACGAGAACGACGGGAGCCAAUCCUUUACCGAGCGCGUCAUCACCGACUCGGCGGACAGCGCCUGCUCCGUCUUCGCCAUCGACGUCGACGGCGACGGCGACGUGGACGGGCUCUCGGCGUCCUCCCUCGACGACACGGUCGCGUGGUACGAGAACGACGGGUCCCAGUCCUUCUCCGAGCGCAUCGUCACGACGCUGGCGGACUACGCCCAGUCCGUCUUCGCGAUCGACGUCGACGGCGACGGCGACGUCGACGCGCUGUCGGCGUCCUACUACGACGACACGGUCGCGUGGUACGAGAACGACGGGUCCCAGUCUUUCACUGAGCGCAUCGUCACGACGCUGAUGGACGGCGCCAAGUCUGUCAUCGCGAUCGACGUCGACGGCGACGGCGACAUCGACGCGCUGUCGGCGUGCGAGAUCGGCGAUGAGGUCGCGUGGCACGAGAACGACGGCUCCCAGUCCUUCACCGAUCGCAUCAUCACGACGCUGGCGGACGGCGGCACUUCCGCCUUCGCGAUCGACGUCGACGGCGACGGCGACGUCGACGUCCUGUCGGCGUCCUACACCGACGACACCGUCGCGUGGUGCGAGGACGACGGCUCCCUGUCCUUCACCAGGCACGUCAUCACGACCCUCGCGGACAACGCCCACUUCAAGCCGACGACGAGCCCCGAGCCGACCACGGCGGCCCCUACGCCGCGGCCGACGACGUUCUGCACGAGCGUCGCGUUCUCCGAGCGGAUCAUCACGACGCUCGCGGACGGCGUCCGGGGCAUGUUCGCGAUCGACAUCGACGGCGACGGGGACGUCGACGCGCUUUCGACAUCUCAAAACGACAACACGGUCGCGUGGUACGAGAACGACGGCUCCCAGUCCUUCAGGCAGCGCGUCAUCACGGCGACCGCGGACGCUGCCUGGUCCGUGUUCGCCAUCGACGUCGACGGCGACGGCGACGUCGACGCGCUGUCGGCAUCCUACAGCGACAGCACGGUCGCCUGGUACGAGAACGACGGCUCGCAGUCCUUCACGGAGCGCGUCGUCACGAUGCUGGCGGCCGGCGCCGUCUCGAUCUUGGCCGUCGACGUCGACGGCGACGGCGACGUGGACGCGCUGUCGGCGUCCCGAGAAGACGACACGGUCGCGUGGUACGAGAACGACGGGUCCGUCUCCUUCACGAAGCGCGUCAUCGCGACGCUCGCGGAUGGCGCCAUCUCCGUCUUCGCGAUCGACGUCGACGGCGACGGCGACGUCGACGUGCUGUCGGCGUCCAACGAGGACGACACGGUCGCGUGGUACGAGAACGACGGGUCCCAGUCGUUUACCGAGCGCGUCAUCACGACGCUGGCGGACAGGACUUGGUCCAUCUUUGCGAUCGACGUCGACGGGGACGGCGACGUCGACAUGCUCUCGGCGUCCUACUACGACAGCACGAUCGCGUGGUACGAGAACGACGGAACGCAAGCGUUCACGGAGCGCAUUAUCACGACGCUGGCGGAGGGCGCCUUCUCCGCCUACGCCAUCGACGUCGACGGCGACGGCGACGUGGACGCGCUCUCGGCGUCCGUCACCGACAACACGGUCGCGUGGUACGAGAACGACGGCUCCCAGUCCUUCACCGAGCGCGUCAUCACGACCUUGGCGGACGGCGUCCAGUCCGUCUUUGCGAUCGAUGUCGACGGCGACGGCGACGUCGACGCGCUUGCGGCGUCCUUCAACGACGAUACGGUCGCGUGGUUCGAGAACGACUGCGCCACGUCCGCGCCCAGCGCGGCGCCGUCCGCGAGCCCCGCGCCGACGCUGAGCCUCCCGCCGACGACCGCGGCCCCGACGCCCCGCCCCACCAUCUUCUGCACGAGCGUCGCGUUCUCCGAGCGCAUCAUCACGAUGCUCUCGGACUACGCCUACUCGAUCUUCGCUAUCGACGUCGACGGCGACGGCGACGUCGACGCGCUCUCGGCGUCCCCCAGCGACGACACAAUCGCGUGGUACGAGAACGACGGCUCCGAGUCCUUCACGGAGCGUGUCGUCACGACGCUCGCGGACGCCGCGCACUCCGUCUUCGCGAUCGACGUCGACGGCGACGGCGACGUGGACGCGCUGUCGGCGUCCCGAGAAGACGACACGGUCGCGUGGUACGAGAACGACGGGUCCGAGUCCUUCACGGAGCGCAUCAUAUCGAACUCGGCGGACGGUGCCAUGUCCGUCUUCGCGCUCGACGUCGACGGCGACGGCGACCAGGACGGGCUGUCCGCGUCGGAGCUCGACGACACGGUCGCGUGGUACGAGAACGACGGCUCGCAGUCCUUCGCGGAGCGCGUCGUCACGACGCUCGCGGACGGCACCCAGUACACGUUCGCGACCGAUGUCGACGGCGACGGCGACACCGACGUGCUCUUGGCGUCCCUCGACGACGACACGGUCGCGUGGCACGAGAACGACGGCAGCCAGGGCUUCACCGAGCACGUCCUCACGACCGCGGCGGACGGCGCCCGCACCGCCUACGCGAUCGACGUCGACGGCGACAGCGACGUCGACGUGUUGUCGACGUCUAUUUGGGACGACACGGUCGCGUGGUACGAGAACGACGGCUCCCAGUCCUUCACGGAACAAGUCAUCACCACCGCGGCGGACUGGGCCGCAGACGGUUUCGCGCUGGACGUCGACGGCGACGGCGACGUCGACGUGCUCUCGGCGUCUUACCUCCAAUCCACGGUCGCGUGGUACGAGAACGACGGAUCCGAGUCCUUCUCCCAGCGCGUCAUCACGGCGACCGCGGACGGCGCCUACUCCGUCUUCGCCAUCGACGUCGACGGCGACGGGGACGUGGACGUGCUUUCCUCCUCCGUAACCGACGACACGGUCGCGUGGUACGAAAACGACUGCGGCACGCUCGCGCCAACCGCGGCGCCGUCCGCGAGCCCCGCGCCGACUGCGAGUCCCAAGCCGACGCUGAGCCCCGCCCCGACGCCCCGCCCCACGGUCUUCUGCACGAGCGUCGCGUUCACCGAACGGAUCAUCACCACGCUCGCGGACGGCGCCCGCACCGUCUUCGCGAUCGACGUCGACGGCGACGGCGACGUCGACGUGCUGUCGACGUCUAUUUGGGACGACACGGUCGCGUGGUACGAGAACGACGGCUCCCAGUCCUUCACGGAACAAGUCAUCACCACCGCGGCGGACUGGGCCGCAGGCGCCUUCGCGCUGGACGUCGACGGCGACGGCGACGUCGACGUGCUCUCGGCGUCUCACGUCGACGCCACGGUCGCGUGGUACGAGAACGACGGUGCCCAGUCCUUCUCCCAGCGCGUCAUCACGGCGACCGCGGACGGCGCCUACUCCGUCGUUGCGAUCGACGUCGACGGCGACGGCGACGUGGACGUGCUUUCCGCCUCCACAAACGACGACACGGUCGCGUGGUACGAGAACGACGGCUCCCAGUCGUUCGCCGAACGGAUCAUCACGACGCUCUCGGACCACGCCUUCUCGAUCUUCGCUAUCGACGUCGACGGCGACGGGGAUGUCGACGCGCUCUCGGCGUCCCCCAACGACGACACGAUCGCGUGGUACGAGAACGACGGCUCCGAGUCCUUCACAAAGCAUGUCAUCUCGAACGCGGCGGACGGCGCCUAUACCGCCUUCGCCAUCGACGUCGACGGCGACGGCGACGUGGACGCGCUGUCGGCGUCCGCCAACGACGACACGGUCGCCUGGUACGAGAACGACGGGUCCGAGUCCUUCACGGAGCGCAUCAUAUCGAACUCGGCGGACGGUGCCAUGUCCGUCUUCGCGCUCGACGUCGACGGCGACGGCGACGUCGACGUGCUCUCGGCGUCCCAAGACGACGAUACGAUCGCGUGGUACGAGAACGACGGCUCGCAGUCCUUCGCGGAGCGCGUCGUCACGACGCUCGCGGACGGCACCCAGUACACGUUCGCGAUCGAUGUCGACGGCGACGGCGACACCGACGUGCUCUCGACGUCCCUCGACGACGACACGGUCGCCUGGUUCGAGAACGACUGCGCCACGCUCGCGCCCACGCUCGCACCCACGCUGUCGCCCGCGCCGACCGUGACGCCGCGGCCGACGUACGUGUCCCACCCGACGCUGGUCGCGUACUACUCCUUCGACGACGGCACGGCCGCGGACAACUACGGGAUUCUCGACGGGACGCUCAACAACUGCACGCGUCGUCGCCUACAAAAGGCCCCGUUCGGCGACGACGCGACGGACGACGCGACAGACGACGCGACGACGCGCGGCCCGAGCACCGCCGCGCCCGCGGCGAGCGGCUCCGACGGCGGCUCGAGCGACACGCCCGGCCCGAGCACCGCCGCGCCCGCGGCGAGCAGCUCCGAGUGCCGCGGGCCGACGGCGUGCGACUGCUCGAGCGACGAGUUCUGCAAUUUCGACGACGGCAGCAGCGGCGGCUGCGAGUCCUGCGCCUCGUUCUCCUCGACGGCGGCGUGCGGCGAGGACGGCCUCCCGUCGGACGGCGAGGACGACUGCGUCGCGUGCUGCUUCGGGAGCGACGACGACGCGACGGCCGGCGGCUCGAGCGACACGCCCGGCCCGAGCACCGCCGCGCCCACGGCGAGCCCCGCCUGCAACUCGUGGGCGGGCCGCGACGGGCGCGGCGCGCUGGCCUUCGACGGCGUCGACCAGUUCGCCCGGCUUCCCGCCGCGGUGACGGCGGACAUCCAGGGGAGCAGCGCGCGGACCGUGUGCUUGUGGGCGGCGAUCGACUCCUUCGCGGCCGCGACGGUCGAUUACGGCGGCGCGCUCUUCGACUACGGGAACACCGCGACGCUCGGGGACUUCACGCUCCGGGUCUUCGGCACGGACGGCAGCCUCCGCGUCGACUUCUGGGGAUCGUGGGUGGACGUGGCGCUGGCGGGCUCCGACGACGGCGACUGGCACCACUACUGCCUGACCUACGACGGGUCCGACUGGGCCCUCUACUUCGACGGGUCGCAGGCGGAGACGGGGACCGCCGCGUUGGACACGGGCGCGACCCGCGCGCUCGAGCUCGGGCGCUGGGGGGGCAUCACGUCCUACCUCGACGGCGCCGUCGACGAGGUCUACGUCUACUCGAGCGCGCUCGACGCGGCCGACGUCCAGGUCCUCUACGACGCGGUCACGGUCGCGCCGACGCUCGUGCCGACGCCCGUCCCGACCGCGCUCCCGAGCGGCGCGCCGUCGCGGAUGCCGACGCCGGCGCCCUCCGCGCUGCCGACGCUCGCGCCGACGUCGGGCCCGUCGCGCGCGCCGACGCCGAACCCGACGAGCGCGCCGACGUCCUCGCCGACGUCCGUGCCGACGGCGUCGCCGAGCCGCCCGCCGACGCCGUCGCCGACGACGACCGCGCCGACGACGUCGAACCCGUCGCCGAACCCGACGUCGCUGCCGACGCUCGUCCCGACGCCGGACACGCCCUACCCGUCCGCCGUGCCGACGUCGGCGCCGACGGCGACGCCGACCUACGACUUCGCGUCCGUCACGGGCACGCUGACCAUCGACGGCUUCGAGAAGUCGUGCGACGACGCCGCGUUCCUCGACGCCUACGACUACGCCGUCGCCGCGGCCGUCGGCGGCGGCGCGACGGCGACGUGCGGGUGCUCCCUCGACGCCGUCAUCGCGGCCAAGGCGUCGGAUCGGAGCGGCGGCCGGCGGCUCCGGGGCGACGCGGCCCCCUCCGCGGCGCCCGCGGCGGCGCCGAGCGCGUCGUCCGCGCCGACCGCGGACCCGACGGCCGCGCCGACGGCCGUGCCGACGCCGCGGCGCGUCGCAGCGCCCACCGCGGACCCCACCGCGACGCCCAAUCCGACGACGACCGUCGAGCUCGACGUCGUCUUCGAGGUGAGCUUCGCGCUCGCGGGCACGUCGGGCUUCUCCGUCGUCGACUACGCCGAUGUCGUCGCGGGCAACGUGUCGCGGGCCAUCGCGUCGGGCGCCUUCGACGACGCGCUGCGGGCCUUCGGCCUCGCGGGGUCGACGGCGCUCUCCGUCUCCGACUGCGCCGUGCUCCGGACGACGCAGCCGACGCCGUCGCCGACGCUGCACCCGUCGACGGCGGGCUACCGCCUCGCGGGCGUCCACUGGGUCCACCGGCCGAGCGGCGCUUUGGAGGGCGCGCGGACGAACGCGACGUUCUGGCUCGACACGUGGGCGGACGAGAUGGUGACGCUCACGGUCGCGGCCGAGCCCGCGGGCGCCGUCGAGCUCGCGCUGCGCGACGGCGACGGCGCGGGCUGGGGCGCGACGAGCACGCGGAGCGUCUCCGCGCUCCGGACCUUCUACGGCCCCACGGCGGAGGUCGUCGUCGGCGUCGCGCCCGUCGACGACGCCGCGGGGACGGGCGACCGCGCCGUGGCCCUGUCGCUGACGCUGGCGUCCUUCGACCCCAACUACGACGGCGGCCGCUUCGACGAGGCCUGGAACUUCACGAUCGUCGAGGACGACGCGCCGGGGCUCGUGAUCGCGACGGCGACGGCGACGUACGCGGCGGGCGACGCGCUCGCGCUCGCCGACGGCGAGCGGAACGGCGCGGCCGCGUCCUUCUUCGUCUCCCUCGGCUCCGAGCCCGCGGGGGCGACCGUCGUGACCUGCGCCGUCGACGGGUCCUUCGUCGCCGCGGCGCCGGCGUCGUGGGUCGCGCUGGCGGCGGCCGACGACGCGGACGUCACGGGCGACCGCGUCGCCGCCGUGUCGUGUUCGACGGCGUCGGAGGACGCGGCCUACGACGGCCUCGCGGGCGCCGCGGUGUCGUUCGCGGUCCACGACGACGACGUCGCCGCGGUCCUCGUCACCGCGGCCGUCGUCACCGUCGGCGCGAACGCGGCCGGCCCCGUCUUCGCCGACGCCUACGGCCUCGCGCUGAGCUCCAGGCCCGCGGCGCCCGUCGUCGUCUUCCUGGAGCCGUCCGCGGGCGUCGCCGCGAACGUCGACAACGUGACCUUCCUCCCGGACGAGUGGGACGCGGAGGUGACGAUCGAGGUCACGGCGGCGCUCCUGGGCGACGACGACGGCGGCCGGUCGGGCCUCGUGGCCCACGUCGCCGCCAGCGACGACCCGGCCUACGGCGGCAUAGCCGUCGACGCCGUCGCCGUCGACGUCGCGUUCCGCGUCGCGUUCACGGCCGACUCGGAGCCGCCGCCCAAGGUCGUCGCCGCGGUCUUCUUCGACGGCGGCCAGGGCCUCACCGUGUCCCUGGACCGCGCCUGCGACCGCGGCGGCGCGAGUGCCAACCCCUUCGCCUGCGACGCCGUCUUCGCGGACGUCGGGCCCUGGGGCGACGGGUCGUCGUGCGCGUGGCGCGCCGACUCCGCGGCCGUGGCCGUGACCUUCGGGUCGGCGGCGACGGCGGUGCCCUACGACUUCGUCGCGAACCGCAGCGCCCUCGACACCGUGUCGCUCCGCGGGAGCGUGCUCCGCAACGCCGCGAACGGCACCCUGUACGCGGCCGCGCAGUCGUUCGACCUCGCGCGGCCCGCGGACCCCGUCGCGCCCGCGCUCGCCGUCAGCGCGCCGGACGCCGUGGGGCUCUGCGACGGCCUCGACCUCGACGCGUCGGGCGCGACGGGCGGCGGGUCGCGCGCGCUGGCCUACGCGUGGUCCCUCGUCGACGCGGCGGACGCGCACGCUUCGUUGGCCGCGCGCCUCGCGGCCGAGACGGGGACCCGCGUGUCCCUCGCCUGGGACGACCUCGUCCCCGGCGAGACUUUGGGCUUCGCGGCGACGGCGACGAACUACCUCGGCGAGUCGACGACGUCCGACGUCAAGUACGUCGCCAAGGUCGGGAGCCCGACGCCCAAGGUCAUGUUCCAGACGUCGACGACGACGAUCCGGCGCUCCGACGCCCUCACCCUCAAGCUCGACGUGUCCCUGCCGUCGACGAACUGCACGGACGGCAACGUGACGGGCGCCCUGGGCUACGCGUGGAUCGCGCGGAAGUGGGACGGCGAUCUGGAACACCCCGGCUGGGGCUCCGCGCUGCCCGAGCUCGACGACGAAACGCUCGCGGUCUACGCGCGGAACCCGAGCGCGUUACGGUUGCCCGCGGACGCCCUCGAGGCCGGCGAGGUCUACGCCUUCGGGGUCACGGCCUUUUACGAGGACUCGCAAGCGGCGAACGCGACGGCCUACUGCGCCGUGCAGGUGACGACGCAGGACCUCGAGGCCGCCAUCGCCGGGGGCGUCGAGCGCUACGUCGCCGCGGCGUCCGUCGUGUCCCUGGACGCGUCGGCGAGCGCCGACCCCGACAACGCGACGGCCGACGGGCCGCUCCGCUUCUCGUGGAACCUGACGCGCGCGGACGACGGCGCGGACCUGACGGCCAACGCGUCGCUCGGCGACGCCGCCGUCGUCGAGUUCGUCGCCGAUGUCGCCCCGGGCACCUACGUCGCCGCCGUGACCGUGUCGCGCGGCGACCGGUCCGCGUCCGCGGCCGCGACGCUCGUCGUCUCCGCGGACGCGUUCAUCCCGGAGAUCUCCGUCGCGGCCGCGGCGACCAAGUUCAACCCCGGGGCCGGCGCCUACGGCGCCGUCUACUUCGGCGCGUCGACGCCCGCGGCGGACAACCGGUCGUGCUGCGACUUUUCCUGGACCGUCGACUCGCCCCCGUCGACGGACGCGGCCAUCUUCUCCAAGGGCGCGACGGCGCCGUCGCCCAUGCUCCUGGACCUGGGCCUCGUGACGCCCGGCGACACCUAUUUCUUCCGUCUCUCGGCGACGGACGGCAGCGGCGCGUCGUCGAGCGCCGUCGUCCAGGUCGACGUCAACGCGCCGCCGACCUCCGGUUCCUUCGCCGUAUCGCCGCGGCGCGGCGGCUUCGCGGUGUCGACGACCUACGAGUUCGCCCUCAGCGACUGGUCCGACGACGCCGACGACUACCCGCUGACCUACGCCUUCGCCUACGAGGACCUCGGCCGCGACGUGCUCCUCGUCGCGGACCGCUACGCGACGUCGUGGCUGACGACGACGCUCCCGAAGACGAGCGCGCUCAACGUGACCUGCUCCGGCACGGUCUACGACCGCCUCCUCGCGUCGGCGACGGGGUCCCAGGCGACGGAGGUGCUCGUCGCGGCCUACGCGGCGGCGGAGCUCGCGGCGCUCGCGGACGACGCCGUCGGCGCGGCGCUCGACGCGGGCGACUCCGAGUCGGCGCUCCGCGAGAUCUCGUCCAUCUCCUCGGUCAUCGCGGCGGGCGGCGACGACGACGCGAACACGGACCUCGUGUCGACGCUCAUGGCCGCGACGCUGUCGGCCUUCGACGGCGUCGACGCGGCCGCGUCGCCCGAGGCGACGGCCCAGGUGCUCGGCACGAUGGCGACGCUCGUCGCGAACCCGGGCCUCCUCGCGCCCGAGGUCCAGAUGGACGCCGUGGGCCUGCUGGGCACGACGGUGUCCAACGCCGUCGCCGCGGGCCUCGACGGCGCCGCGUCGACGUCGACGGCCGCCGCGCUGAGCUCCGUGCUCUCCGCGUCGCUCUUCGAGGACGGCGGCUCGGCAAGGCGGCGGCGCCUCAAGGCCCACGCGAGCCUCGACGUCGCGCCGAACUCGACCCUGGCUCGCAAGCUCCGGCGCCGGCGCCUCGCGGCGCGGCGGCGCCUCGACGAGGGCGACGGCGAGGCGAACACGACGCUCGCCGACGACAUGACGACGACGGUGUCCCAGACGGCCCAGGCCAUGAUCGCGACGGCCUACGGGGGCCAGUCGUCGUCGACGUCGAGCGACAACCUGGCCAUCGACGCGUGGCGCACCGACUGCGGCACGCGGUCGUCGAGCUUCGGCACGGGCGGCGGCACGGCCUUCGCGCCGCCGGCGUCGGCGACGGGCGCCUGCGGCGACGACGCCGGCGACGACGGCGCCGGGUCCGACGUCGACGUGCAGAUCGCGGAGAUGAGCAACGUCUACGGCGAGCCGGAGGCGAAGCGGGGCGAGGAAAAAGAGGAGGUGAAGUCGAAGCUCGUCCAGGUCGAGAUGAGCGACACGGGCGACGACGGGCGGCGGCGGCGCCUCACGGCCUUCGGCGACGACGACCCCAUCACGCUCGUCAUCCAGCCCGACUUCGCGCUCGUCGCGGACCAGUCGGCGCUCGCGCGGAACGGCACGUGCGCCAACACGUCCCAGACGCUGGUCUGGGACGACUGCCCCGACGGCGGGGCCGUCAUCUUCAACUGCAGCGACCCCCAGGUCGUCACCUUCCCCGACGGCUCCAACGGCACGUUCUACGCGCCGCCGCUCGGAGCCGCGCCGCUCGACGUGUCCGCGACGUGCCCGUCCAAGGCGCCGCUCUGCACCUUCUGGGACGACACGUCCCAGGCCUGGAGCGGCGCCAACUGCACCGUGGCCAAAUUCACGGCGUUCAACGUGACCUGCGCGUGCACGCACCUCACGGACUUCGCGGGCGGCGCGUCGUCGACGGCGUCGACGGCGUCGGCCGUCGUCUCCACGGGCGCGUCCCUGUCCCUGUCCCAGCUCCUCGACGCGCUCCUCGUCCUCAUCGUCCUCCUCGCCGUCGGCGGGGGCUUCCUCUUCGGCUGCGUCCGCGCGCACCAGCUCGACGAGGAGGACGAGGUCCGCGGCAAGUACACGCGCGACCACCACGCGCACGAGGCCGGCGUCAAGGCCUCGGGCCCGCUGGAGCUGACGGGCAACAAGGCGUCCUUCCUCGCCGCGGCGAAGCGCGCGCGCACGCACCGCGGCUGGAUCUCGCGGAGAUCUGCGCGGGAAUCGACCACUGGUUUGGGACGUCCCGACCAAACUUUGAAACUGCGGAGCCGGGGCGUCUACGCGUCCUACGCGGACUACGUGCGGCCGCGGCUCCCGGCGUCCCUGGCGGUCGUCGCGUCCUUCGUGACGGCGAUCCGCCGCGAGCACAAGCUGCUCCAGAUCGCCUACCUGCCGGACCCGGCGCUGUCGCGCGCGACGCGCGUGGCGCUGCUCGCGGUGCUCAUCUUCGCGGCGCUCUUCGCGAACGCGUUCUUGGUCACGCUGGCGCCCGUGGAGACGUCGAAGCCGCCCUGGCACGAGGACGUGCUCGUGCCCAAGAUGUACUUCUCGGCGCUGACGACGAUCCUCAUCAACGUCUUCUACCUGUCCUUUGGCGCGCUCUUCGCCGCGUGCGCGCCGCCGGCGCACCCCGUGGACCACUUCCUCCACCUCGGCGACGACGCCGAGGAGCUCGGCGAGUCGACGAAGCACCGCCUCGCGCUCCGGCGCGAGGUCGUCAUCGCCACGGCCCACGAGGCCUACGUCAAGCGCAAGGCCGCGCGCGAGUUCCGCGAGCUCGAGGACUCCGUCGUCGCCGGCCGCGUCGACGCCGCGACGCGCCGCGGCGCGGGGGGGCUGCUCGCGGCGCCGAGCCGCGAGGAGCUGCGCGAGCGCGACGUCGCCUUCGCGCAGAAGCACCGGGGGCUCGUCGCCGCGGCGCGCGACGGCGCCGCGGACGCGCGCGCGAAGCGCGUCCACGCGGAGCGCCGCGUCUACGUCGACGACCUCCGGCGCCGCGAGGAGGACGCGGCGGAGCUCCACCUGCGGACGGCGCACCUCGCGGGCGUCGCCCGCUACGCCGCGCGGCGCCGGGAGGCGCGGCGCAUCGCCGUCGACGACGCGCUCGACGCGCUGACGCUCGACGAGCAGGCGCUCUACGUCGCCGAGGAGGAGGAGCUCGCGAAGAUGCCCUGGUACUACCGGGCGCUCUACCAGGACCACCUCUCGCCCCUCAAGGACGCGCUCGCCAUGGGCCGGCGACCGCGGCGCGCGCUGCCGCGCUGGUGCGCGACGGCCGCGUUCGGCGCCGCGGGGCUCUUCUGCCUCGCGUGCAUGUGGUGCGUCUUCAUGUUCAGCGUGCUCCUCAACGAGUGCUCCCAGUGCGACCAGGACGAGGCCACGGAGACGUGCGUCGCGCCCGAGGACGGUGUUUGCAACUGCGGCGACAACGAGAGCCUCUACGCGUACUGCGGCGGCGGGUCGCGGACGCGGCGUCGCUGUCGUGGCUCGAGAUGUGCCUCGUCUCCGUCGCGCUCUCCGUCUUCCUCACGGGCCCCCUGGCCAUCCUCGCGGCGAAAUCCUUUCUGCCCCUCGCCGCGCGCGCGGUCAUCGGCGCGGACUCGCUGGCCCACGAGGUCGACGACGCGCUCCACGAGCGGCGGUCGGACGCGGCGCGCGGGCUCGAGGGCCUCGUGGGCCGCAUCCGCGCGCGCGCGGAGGUGCUCCGCGCGGAGCACGGCGGCGGCGCCGCGGCCGUCGCGGGCCGCGGCGAGCGGCCGCAGACGAAGCGGCUCGCCAAGGUCGUGCCCGUCGACAACGACUACGGCGACGAGUGCAAGGAGCCGCCCGCGUCGCCGCGCCUUUCGGCGGCCUUCGACUGCCCCUGCGGCGCGCGCGUGGCCCUGGACCGGCGGCCCUUCCACCUCGCGAGCUGCUGCCCCGUGUUCCGCGACUCCUGGGCCGCCGCGGGCCGCGGGCUCCUCGAGGCGCUCGGCCGCGACGCCGUCGCGGACGCCGUCGCCGCGCUCGCGGUCGAGCGGUCCGUCGGCGAGCGCGCGGCGUUCUGCGCGCUCGCCGAGUGCGGGGGCGAAUUCGCGGCCGCGGCGGCGAAGCUCGGCGACGCGGGCUACCGCGGCGAGAUGGCGCUCGCGGCCGACGCGUGGGCGCGGUGGCGGCCGCCGGGCGCCGCGCCGCGCGGCGCCGGCGCCGCGGCGCCGCGGCGGCCGCCGAUGGCGUCGCCCCGGGCCCAGCUGGGCUGGGCGCCCUUCGAGCACAGCUUCUACGGGUCCACGCUGGGCCUCGACCUCGCCCUCGUGCGCCUCGAGGAGACGGGCGACGCGCGCGUCUGCGUCGUCGCGGUGUCGGGCCUCUCGGAGGCCGUCGAGUUCGCGGGCCGCGGCGCGCCCUACGAGCUCGCGGCCAUCGACGGCGCACCGCCGCCGGCGGCCCUCGCGGACGUCGGCGCCGCGCUGCGCCGCGCGCCGCGGCCCGUGA